GCUGGUAUCAUGUGACCUUAUCUGCUAUCAGCAACAAGGCUUCAAUUGAGCUGUAUCCGAAAAUUUCCCUCGAAUUCAACGACGACGUCAACAACCUCACUCGAACCGCGCGCACGCUUCUACUCGACUCACUAGACUUCUCCCAUUUCUCACGCGAACCCGAUACCGAAUUCUUCACAAUGGCCCCCAAGCGCAUUGCCGUCGAGCCUCGAUCUCGCCGUGCUCCCAAGGGUAUUAUCGGCUCCACCUAUGACGCUCUUACCUCUUCUGAGAACGCCGCUGUCGUCCGCAGCAUCGCUAUCUUUGGUUUUGCAGUGACAUUCCUGUCCAGCUCUUGGGGCGAGAUCCUUCUGCCUCCGAAACUGCGUGGGAAUGGAAGAAAAUCAGUUCAGGGGUUAGGAAUGCGCCAAUAUCCGCCUCCCCUCUGUGCAUUAUUUAAUCGAAUCACUUGUACAUUAGUUGGAGUCAGUGUACGUUUUAGACAGGAAGGGAUUUCAAAGCUAGCCUGUGCCUGUCCAAGGGCAUUAUGA